AUGGCUCCCAAGAUCGAGGCGCAGGAAAUUGAGACGUACUGGAAUAUCUUCUCUACACGAACAGGAGGCGGCAAGUUCCUUACAGGUGAACAAGCCGCUCCUGUUCUGAAGAACAGUGGCCUCCGAGAUGAUCAGCUAGAACGAGUGUGGGAUCUUGCGGACGUGGAUAAUGAUGGAAACCUUGAUUUCGAGGAGUUUUGCGUUGCCAUGCGCAUUAUCUUUGAUAUCCUCAACGGAGAAUACGCGGAUGUGCCGACAACAUUGCCCGACUGGCUUGUCCCUGAGUCCAAGGCUCAUCUCGUGCAGGCUGGCCAAGCUAUCACCGGAAAGUCAGUACAGUUCGAGCAGGUUGAGGACGACUCGGAAGACCUGGGGCUCAAAGACGGAUUCGAGUGGUACAUGAAGCCUGCGGACAAGGCCAAAUACGAGCAGAUCUACCAGGAGAACCGAGAUAUGCGCGGCGAGGUGGAUUUCCAUGCGCUCAGUGAUCUUUACGAAUCCCUUGACGUUCCCGAUACUGAUGUCCGAUCCGCCUGGAAUCUAAUCAACCCCUCGGCGCAAUCGACUAUCAACAAGGAUGCUUGUCUCGCAUUCCUACAUAUCCUCAACUACCGACACGAGGGCUUCCGAAUUCCCCGUACCGUUCCGGCCUCGCUUCGAUCGAGCUUUGAGCGCAACCAGAUUGAUUAUCAAGUCGACAAUCAGCGAACAGGCGCUAACUCGCGAUGGGCCACCAAGGCCGACGAUACCACGAGCACCGGCCGCAAGGCUAAGUUUGGCGAUCAAUACCUAACGCGCCUGGGUCGAAGCGGCUUCAAGAGCUCGGGCACGGAUUUCUCGACGGAAAAGACGGAGGACUGGGAAGAGGUUCGACUGAAGCGCAAGCUCCAGGACCUCGAGGAUAAGAUAAAGAAGGUGGAGGAGAUUGCGGAACGUCGGAAAGGUGGCAAACGCGAUUCUAAGCCUGCACUUGUUAAGAAGGAACUCGAUCAAUUGCUCGAAUACAAGCGACGAGAACUUCGGGAAUUGGAAGAGGGAACUGGUAAGAGCGCGGCUGGAGGAAGUCUCAAGAGCAUACAGGAAGAUCUCCAGACAGUCCGGGAGCAGGUUGAGGGUCUAGAGAACCACUUGAGAACACGAGAGCAAGUUCUUGAGCAGAUCAGGCGGGAGAUUGAAGACGAGAAGAGAGGAUAG